AUAUUUAUACUUUUUAUUUAGUUGUUAAUCAUUUGUAAUCGUCAAAAAUCAUGAAAUAAUAUAAACUAUGUCAAUUUUGAAUAUUAUUUAUUGGUAAGGAGCAGUAAGAAUAUAUUUAUCAUAAAUAUGGAUUCUGGAAGUGGAGAAACAUUUUUGUCAUGUACAGCCACUGUUGAGUGGAUGACUCCGCAAGGUUCCAUAAGUAGAAAAUUAUCACUUAAGACUGCUUCAUUACGAUUAAUACGCAAUGAAUUUAAAGAAAUGUAUAUGGAGAUUAGUAGCGACAAGCAACAGGCCACAAGGUUAGCCCUAAAAGGCAUAAAUGUAUUUAAAAAGUUCAUGGCAGAGGGUAAAGCUAGUAUUAAAUUUCAAGAAGUCGGUUGCACGGUGUUUAUAUCAAAUGCACCGCCGACAAAUCUAGUCUCCUUUUUACGCACAAUUUUCGUAAAGAUGACUGGUGAUAAAGAUAAGCAUCUUAACACUACACCAUCAAAACAAACAAUUAGGGCAAAGUUAUUAAGUGGAAAAGCACAAGCAUUUGAAGAAAUAAGUCCUGUGACAAUAGCAGAUUUAACUAAAGCAAAAUGCAAAGUUAGUAAGGCUACAGCUACAACACCGUCACCACCUACUAAAAAGCGAAAACUUGAAGAGGCUGUUAGAGGACCAGCACCGAAAAAGUUAUAUUCACCAUCACCCCUAACAACUACAAGUUCCCUAAAUCAAGAACAACAAAGAGUAUUAGAAGCUUGUUUAAGUGGCAAAAAUAUUUUUUUUACUGGAUCUGCUGGCACUGGAAAAAGUUUUUUGCUAAAAAGAAUAGUAGCAGCAUUGCCUCCUGAUGUGACUAUGCCAACUGCUUCGACUGGAGUUGCUUCAUGCCAUAUAGGUGGAACAACUCUACAUGCAUUUGCUGGUAUUGGAGAUGGUAGUGGCUCUAUAGAACACUUAUGUCAAAAAGCUUUGAAAUUGCCUUUAGUAGCACAGAAAUGGAGAAAAUGUAAACAUCUCAUUAUUGAUGAAAUUUCUAUGGUUGAUGGGGCAUAUUUUGAGAAACUAGAAGCAGUGGCAAGAUAUAUAAGACGAACUGAUAAACCCUUUGGAGGUAUACAAUUAAUACUGUGUGGAGAUUUUUUACAACUGCCUCCAGUGGUAGACAAAAAUAAAGGGGAAAAAAGGUUCUGCUUUCAAACAUCUUGUUGGGAAAAAUGUAUUGAUCUAUGUUAUGAACUAAAAGAAGUACACAGGCAAACAGACCAAGAAUUUAUAUCAAUUCUCAAUAGCAUAAGAAUAGGACGUGUUACAAAGGAAAUAAGUGAUAGGCUAGUAAAAACAGCAUCACAGAAAAUUGAGAGUGAUGGUAUUCUAGCUACAAGGUUGUGUUCACAUACAAAUGAUUCUAAAAUGAUAAAUGUUUCAAAGCUAAGUGAAUUGAAUAGUGAGCAGAAAAUAUAUUCAGCACAGGACAGUGACAAUGCAACAACUGUUCUAGACAUACAGACAAUAGCACCGGCUAAAUUAGUAUUGAAAAUAGGUGCUCAAGUUAUGUUGCUGAAAAACAUUAAUGUAAAUGCAGGCUUAGUCAAUGGAGCAAGAGGAGUUGUUGUAAAGUUCGAAGAAGGCUUUCCAGUUGUAAGGUUUAAAAACAAAAAAGAGUAUACAGCUAGAACAGAGCGCUGGUAUGUCAAAAACUCUAAUGGAUCACUUUUGUGUAGAAAACAAGUUCCAUUAAACUUAGCAUGGGCGUUUUCUAUCCAUAAAUCUCAGGGUCUAACAUUGGAUUGUGUUGAAAUGUCUCUUUCAAAGAUAUUUGAAGCAGGCCAAGCCUAUGUGGCACUAAGCAGAGCACAAAGUUUAGAUACACUUAGAGUCCUGGAUUUUGAUGCUCGUCAUGUUUGGGCGGAUUCUAAAGUUCUAGAGUUUUAUCAGAAGUUUAGACGAAGGAUACAACAGAUGGAAAUUGUUCCGCUCGGAAGACCAUUAGCUGAUAAAACUAAUAAGAAAGUGAAGCUUAGGGAAAUUUUAAAGAAGCACAUGAGCAUAAAAUAGUUUUUGAUAAAAUAAAACAUUUCACUGACUGAUACAACAGAUGGUUCUCAUUCCCAUCUGGGCUGAACAUUUGGAUUUCUUUGAAUUAAACAGUAUACAAAGAUAAAUCUAAACAAAUUGUACUUGCCAAACAUUAACGUUUGAUGGCAAGAUUGUGUUAGCAUUAGUUAAUUAACAGUUGCAAAUAGAAUUUCAUUAGUCAUUUGGACUUUGUCUUGUCCAAAUGUACCAACUAAAUUAAUGUAGAUUUUGAGAAAAUUAUGUAAACAAAAUUCUAAAUUAUUUUCCUGACACCGAAAUUGAAAUUUUGUUAAAAUUCUCUGUUAUGGUAAAUGAAUUCAACACUAUUUUGUGCAAAUAUUUUACUUAGUUCAAAGAACCAAAAUCAUCAGCUGGAUAUUAUCAGGAAUAUACCAAGUAGCUAAAUGAUAAUAAGGAUAUUGUAUUGGUGUAAGUUUAAUUAAAUACUUAUUAUGGCUGGUAUUGAGAUAUAUAAUAGAUCUUGAGUUUGAAAUUGUAUGCUGUAUACUAUGAUAAACUACAUCCAAUAAGGUUGUCUUGUAGUAAAUUUAUUAAUUUAUAAUAUAUAAAUGUAUAGACUAUAUAUGAAUACUGGAUGUAUGUUUGUAUAGAAAAUUUAAUUGUGUAAAUUGAAAAAAAAAAGGUCUCUACUUAUUUUUGCACUAUAAAUUUAAAUUAUGUUUCCUUUGUAUUAACUUAAAUACAUAUAUUUUCAAUAUUACAUUCAGCAAUAAUUUAUAGACCGAGUCUCAAUUUUAUACUGCCUAUUUAUUGUGUUCAAUCUACGCUAUUAUUGUAAUAAAAAGACUGAUAAGGAAUUUUAGUUAUAAGUGAAAACAAAAUCAUAG